AUGAGUUAUUUAAGAUUAUUUAAAUCAUGUUUGACCAAUUUAAAUGUAAAUAGUCAUCAUUGUAAUAGAUAUAUUGUUAAUACCAGUAGUUCUACUCAUAGAAUUUAUAAUAAUUUUACACAUAGUUAUAGUAAUAGUAAUCGACACUUUAUAAGUUUAUCAAAUAAAAGUAAAGGAGAAAACAACAGUAAUAGUAAUAACAAUAAAGAUAAUAAUAAUGAUAGCAAUGAAAAUAAUAAUAAAUCAGAUAACACACAAAAAAAGAAAAAUUUAAUAAUAUAUGGUGUGUUAGGUUUGACUGUGGGUGUUAGUGCAGCUGGUUUAUCUCUUUUUUGGAGUGUCAACAACAACAGCUAUUCAAUAGAGAAGAUCUGUAUAGAACAACUAUCACAAGAGAAAAUAAAAUACAGAUCGACUUGGCAGAAUGAAUUCUGGAUUUGGUUAUUGAAACAAUCCAUAUUCUUUGGUAUUAGGAGUGGUCGUGGUAAUAGUAGUAAUACCAGUGGUAGUGCUAACAAUGACAAUAGUAGUAGUAGUACUACUACUACUGACUACACUCUUCACUACCAGCUAUUGCUAAACAAAGUUGUAGAGUUGAUGGAAUGCACGAAAUCACUGAAAUCACGUACACUCCUUAUUGAAAUGCUAGAGUUACUUGUAGAGAAAGAUAGAGUAUCGAUACCUUUGCUGAUAGCUGACAAGCGUAGUCGCAUAACCCUAGAGAAGCUAACCGAUUCACUCGCAUCGAUCUCUCAAGAUGAACCUGCACUUGACAACCAAUUGGCAAACACACUUGGCCGUUUAAUAUCGAAAGAUAAACGAUACCGACAAAUCGUUGUUCAAAAGUUUGGUUUCACCAAUCUCUCUACACUUCUCCCAUUCUCUUCAUUAUUAAAACAAGAGAUAACUCAAUAUCUAUCAGAGUUAAAUGUAAAUUAUCAAACAGAGAAUAAAGAUGGAUUGUUUGAAUUGAUAGAUAGUAUAUUUAUUCAUAAAACACAUAUACCUAGCAAUAGAGAUACAGUUAUUAUCAAUAACCUCUCGAUAUUUAUUGCUAAUCUAUCGUUCUACACGAUGAACUCGACCAAUUCGAUAUUUAAUGUACUAUCAAAGAUGUUAAACUAUACAGAUGUCUAUGGAAAGAGUUUUACCUCUAUUCAAAUCAAAUCAAACAUUGCAAAUGCACUUGUAAAUCUCUCAAAUCAAAAUGAUGAAAAUAGACAAUCUAUUAUAGUUGAUGAAGGGUGGUUAGAAAGAUUGAAUGAUUGGGUUAAUCAAACUGUACCUUCCUCUUUGGGUAAUGAGACUGUAAAGAACGAAAAAGAUAGAGAAUUAUUACAAAAUCUACAGCUAUCUUCUUUGAUUGCACUAGCUAAUCUAUUAUCUAUGAAUACCAAAAAGACAGAGUCAAUAUGGAAAUCAAUAUCACCUCUCAAUGUACUAUUAAUUGCAAAAGAAACUACUUUUAAUUCAUCGAAACAUCAAUCUUUAAGAUUGUUAUCGAAUCUAUCUGCAUAUGUAAAUAAUGACACAAAUUUGUUAUAUACUAAACUAAAUAAUGAUGGCUUAUCAAGUUUAAUUGAAUUGAUAUUGAAAUUAGAUCAAUAUUCAAAGAGAUAUAUAUCGAGAACCGUAGCUAAUAUGGCGAGAGAUAAGAAUGUAACACAACAACUAUUAUUAAAGGAUAAUUGGAAUAAGAUAAUAUCAUUAUCAAGUGAGAAUGAUCGUGAAAUUAUAAGAAAUCUAUCAAGAAUCAUUGCUAAUAUUGCAUUUAAUGAUAGUGAGAAACUAAUAUUAAAUAGAUCGAUAUAUCCUUUAUUGAUAAAAUGGUCUAAAUCACCAGAUGAUUUCAUUAGAGCCAAUUCAAUUAGAACCAAGAUGUCUAUAGCCACUCCGAAUCAAAAGAUACCUAAAUAUGCAGAGGGAAUCUAUUUAUUGUAUCCAACAGAUGAGGAUCAUCAAAUCGAUUUCGAUAUUGUAUUUAUACAUGGUGUAACUGGACAUCCUUUUUCAACUUGGUGGACAACUCCACCAUCAUCUUCCGCCACUCCUGAAUUAGUAGUUGCAGGAAAUACCAACAACAACAACAAUAACAACAAUAACAACAGUCUGCCUACUUCGAUCGUUGAAGCAACAUCCUCUAUUUGUUGGCCACAGAAAUGGAUACCUGAAGACCUCGCUAAUGUCAGAGUUAUCAGUGUUGGCUAUGACAUAUUCCUCUCGCAAUGGGGUGGCGGCACUGCCACUCCACUCUUUGACCAGAGUCAAGCCAUCCUUGAAAAUCUAACGUUGGCAGGUGUAGGUACUCGUCCAUUGAUACUGGUUACACAUAGUUUUGGUGGUCUCGUUGCCAAACAGAUGCUAAAGCUGGCGAAUGACGAUCCGCAACACUACGGACAGCUUCGUGACAACACCAAGGCGGUCGUCUUUUAUUCGACACCGCACUACGGAGCCAAACUAGCUUCGUAUGCUCAUACACUCGAUCAUGUACUGCGAACAACGAGUGCUAUAUCCGAUCUACUGCCGAGCAGUCAGCAUGUCGACCUUCUCACCAGACAGUUUCCAACGUUCGCUGGCAAUGUUGCCACUCUUUGUUUUGGUGAAACCGACGAGAUAUGCUUCCUCAACAACAACAUAUGUCUACUGAUUGUCGACCAAGAGAGUGCAAACCCUAAAUUCAUUGGAGAUCAGCAUCAAUUCAAAGUACUCAAGGGUGACCAUCGAACUGUUUGCAAACCAAUCGAUCGUAACGAUGAAAAAUAUACACUUCUUAUAGAUUUUAUCAAAAAGAUAAUCAAAGAAACAGAUACAACUAUCAAAUAA